AUGACACUCUUGGUCGACAAGUCGGGGAAGCUGUUUUCUAUGCACGGGUGCUCGAUCAAGGAUAUCCUUGUGAACCGUGAGGUGGUUCUAGCAACUAUCAAGGGGAUGAAUGGCAAUCCACGAGUUUCGGCAUACACUCUCCAGAAAGCAAUUCUGACCGUGUUCCAAGACUUGAAACUCUAUCCAGCUGGCAUCUAUUCCGACAUACCGGCGGUCCAGUCCUGGGCAUUGAAGUAUGGUGUGGCCAUCAAGAAAUUGGUUUCGAGGCUGCGCCGACUUAUGCGACGAUCGGAAACUUCGAAGUAUGACAAACUCACUGAGGAUGUUGAUGAGGAUGAUGAUGAGUCGACCAGCGAGGCGCCCGAUGCGGGCACUACUUCGGACCUUGAAGAGCUCGAUUCAUCACUCUCGUCAACGGCACCUGCCAGCAGCGUUUCCGGUGCAACUGGUUCCACAGAAUCUAGUGCGUCAAGGGCCAAGAUGGAUAGGUUGAUUCGCCAGCUCAAGAAUCUCAAGAUGGAAACCCCAAUGAAGAGUGGUUGCAAAGGUGGUUGCAAAGGGAAUACUUUGGAACAUGAAUCUCCAGAUGUGUCAAACAAAAAGGAUGUGGGUCAUACUCCAUCUAGUUCGGAUUCGUCGCUGUCCCCGAAACAACGCCUUGCACUUUACUUCCAAAGAAAGAGGGCUGAGAAAGCUGCUCAAGGUUUGGGGGUUACUGAGAAUCCCAAAGUAGAGGUUGACAAGGAUGCCACAAGUUCCCUGAAUGUUUUGAACACCAUGAAGAAGAUGUCGGCUGAAACGGCCAAUGCUUUCCCGCUGAAGUCCCAGUAUGUCAAGUCCAUCACCCAAGCCCGCGAAGCCGAAGGUGAUGACGAGCCUCAUGAAAUUGAGGACGAUGACGAUGAGGUUCCAGGACCUACCGUGAAAGCCAAGAAGGCGAAGGCGAAGGCCAAGGUUAAAUCCACCAAGCCCAGUGCGAAACGUAAGGCAACUAAUUUGGGUAAGGAUGGAAAGAGGUGGAAUUACAACCAGGUUCGCAUGAAGUUUAUCAAGGAGGCCAGAAAUGAACAUGAUCUUAGCUUUGAGGCUGCUCAGCACUUGUGGGACGAAAGUUCUGCAAAGAAAGAUUUCCUCAAGGAUGUUUCGGUCCAGGAGUUGACCGUCAGUUUGUUGAGAUAUUUAGUGGUCGUGGUGAAGUUUCGCGAGCCCUACGUGAUGCUUCUUGGUACAACAUGGGCUGGUUUUCGAGGGACUUCGUUUGACUGGGAACUGGACAAGCGGGCAUUCGAUCUCACAGGGAAUGCAGCUUUUGCGUCCUUUGUCUGA